GAAUUUGAUUUUCUAAAGAUUCAUAAAAACCCAGCGACAACCUCUUUGCACCACUCACAUUGUUUCUUCUUUAACUCUCAACAGCUAGAGUCCAAUCAUGGCUAAGAAAAUCAACAUAGAGAGUGAUGCUCAAGCAAACCUCCACACCUCCUCUUCUUCCUCCUCCUCCUCCUCCUCCUCCUCCUCAACCUUGACAACCCAUGAUUCUUUGAUCGAUAAAAGCACAGAGAAUGAUCAGAAUUCAGACAAGGUCUCAAGCUCAAAAGGGCAAGAGCUGAACAAUGGGAGUAAUGAGCCUAACACCAAGAAGAGGCUGAGGCAGAGGAGCAGCAACACUGAUCAUGGCGAUGGAGGCAGGCACCCGACUUUUCGGGGAGUACGAAUGCGCUCUUGGGGCAAAUGGGUGUCCGAAAUCCGCGAGCCGAGGAAGAAGUCCAGAAUUUGGUUAGGGACAUACCCAACAGCUGAAAUGGCAGCCCGAGCGCACGAUGUGGCUGCUCGGGCUAUCAAAGGUGCCUCUGCUUAUCUAAAUUUCCCUGAAUUGGCUCAAACGCUUCCACAACCGGCUUCUGCUUCUCCCAAGGACAUUCAAGCUGCUGCUGCAAAAGCUGCUUCUGCUUUUGAGGAGGUGAAGAAAUGUGAAGCUGAAACGGAAGAAGAAGAAGAAGAAGAGGAAGCAACACUGCCAAGCAAAGAUGAACAGACAACUACUACUGCUAAUACUAGUAUCAGUACUAGUAAUAGUACAGCUUGUUCUUCAUCUUCCACUUCAAAUGAUUAUGAUGACAAAUUGUUUGACCUUCCAGAUCUUUUCAUGGAUGGCACAAAUGGAAGUGAUCAAUUUUGCUUUUCUUCUUCAUCAUCAUCAUGGCAUCUGUGUGCAGCAGAUACUGGAUUCAGACUAGAAGAGUCAUUCUUGUGGGAGUAUUAAUUAGCUAGUUUCAGUACAGUGAGUUUGUAAUUUUUUUUUUUAUUUACAGAAAUAAUGAAGCAUCAAAAUUCAGUCACAUUUGGAAACCACCGGACCAAUUCAGAAGAAUUAGCAGCUGUACAUUUCAAUUGGGUCUGCAGGUCCAGGUUGGACUCUAUGCUGCAGAGUUGUACAAAAAUAAAAUAAAUUAAAAAAAUGAAAACUGCGUGUUAGCAACUGUUGCUUGGCCUAUAGUUUUGGCUCCCUGUGAAAAAUAAGAAAAGGGCGUAAUCUUUACUGCAAUGUACUUUAUGAUGAGCAGAAUAAAACAGUGAUUGGUUUCAA